AUUUUCCUAGGAAUUUACGACGAAAUUAAGUUAGGUGGCCGAAAAAAAACGUGUUACAACUACAAAGUUGGUGGAUUCAAAAUUUCCUCGUUAAGUAGAAGUAAAAUAUUUUCUCGUAAAGUACAUGCUACAUUUACGUCGAGUUUACGAGGAAAGUGUAUUUCCUCGUAAAAGCCACGUGACAUUACAUCGACUUUACGACGAAAUGAUUUCGUCGUUAUUUUACGAGGAAAUAACGCUGAUUUUAUAAUUCUUCGUAAAUUCCUCGUAAAGUCGACGUAAACUUACGAGGAUUACUUUUUCUCGGUAAGUUUCCUCGCUCGCUAAACUUGUGUUUUACUGUAGUGUUUAAACUUCCUUAAAUCAAGACCCACCUUUUACAAUAUAAAAGGACUAACACGUUACUUUAAAUUCUCAUAUCAGAAACAUUUUCUUAGACAUUAAUUAACCUAAACAGAGUUAAGAAAAUAUUUCUUAGAACAUCAUGGUAUCAUUGGCAAAAAUUUCCACCGAUGAGGAGGCUAGCCUCUAUGCCAUGCAGCUUGGCAGCGCAUCCGUGCUUCCCAUGGUUCUGAAAGCAGCCAUAGAGCUCGACUUGCUCGAGAUCAUGGCCAAGAACGAUGGCUUCUCCGGUGCUCAGAUGUCUCCUUCAAAGUUAGCUUCCCAUCUCCCAACCAAUAACCCUGAUGCUCACGUCAUGCUUGACAGGAUCCUCCGGUUGCUUGCAUCACACUCCAUACUGACUUGCUCUGUACGUAAACUACCUGACGGUGGUGUAGAGCGUCUCUACGGACUUGACACUGUCUGCAAAUACUUGACUAAUAAUGAUGAUGGUGUCUCCCUUGCCACUCACUGUCUUUUGAACCAGGACAAGGUCCUCAUGGAGAGCUGGUAAGUGCAAAACCCUAAUAGAAUAUCCUUUAUAUAUAUAUAAAAAAGAAGUAGAAAACCCUAAUUAAUUAUUAACAUACUAACUUCAUAAAAACUAUUUCAACUUAAUAUGUGGGUUUUCAUAAUUGAUAUAACAAUCUGAAACUGUAUGUCGGUACCAUUUAAAGGAUGCAGUUCUUGAAGGAGGGAUCCCAUUCGAUAAGGGAUACGGUAUGUCAACCUUCGUUUACCACCGGAAAGAUCAGCGAUUUGCAAAUGUAUUUAGCAAUGGUAUGUCGAGCCACUCUACCAUUGUGAUGAAGAAGAUUCUAGAGGCUUACAACGGCUUCGAAGGAUUGUCAUCUGUAGUUGAUGUUGGUGGUGGAAUUGGAGCCUCCCUUCACAUGAUUGUUGUUUCCAAGUACCCAAACAUCAGAGGGACCAAUUUUGAUCUCCCACAUGUCAUCGAGAAUGCAGCGCAAUUUUCUGGUACAGCUUUGUUAUAACAAAUUUUGAAGUAAAAUAUAUAUGUUUACGAAAGUUCAUAUAAAUAAGGUUUUUGUUGGACCAACGAUGCAGGUAUUGAACAUGUUAAAGGAGAUAUGUUUGUUAGUGUUCCCAAAGUAGAUGCCAUAUUCCUUAAGGUUAGCAAAUGAAAACGUUAUAUAGCUUCCUAGUGAUUGUUAUAAACCCAAUUAUAGUUCCACAUAUCUAGACUAGCUUGUUUCUAAUAUUGAUUAUAUAAAAUAUAUUAUUAGUGGGUCUGCCAUGACUGGAGCGAUGAACACUGCUUGAAAUUAUUGAAGAACUGCUAUGAAGUGCUUCCGGAUGAUGGGAAAGUGAUAAUUGUGGAAUGCUUAGUCCCGGUAGCACCAGACUCGAGCCUCUUGACUAAACAAGUAGUUCACUUGGACUGUAUCAUGAUGGCUCACACAUC